AUGCUGUACGCAGUUGCCAGCAUUAGCACCCUGAGACCUCCAUUUGACCUGUUUGUGACAGAAGAGAUUCAACUGCUGUGCACCCACACAAACCUGCAUGGGAGGCGAAAGUGUGAGGAUUGGAGGGAUGUGGAUGGUGUGGAGAUGAGAGCCUACAUCGGAAUUUUGAUUCUAGCUGGUGUCUACCGCUCAAUAGAUGAAACAACGUGUGGUUUGUGGGUUGACAAGACCGGACGGGCAAUAUUUCGUGCUACAAUGCCGCUCUACCGCUACUCCCAGAUCAGUGCUAACAUCCGCUUUGAUGACAAGCUCACCCGCCCGGGACGUUUCAGGAGCGAUAAGCUUGCUGUAAUUCGGGUUCUGUGGGAAAAGUGGGUUGCUCGUCUCCCCCUGCUGUUCAAACCAGGAGUUGAUGUGUGUGUCGAUGAGCAGCUGGUUGCAUUCAAAGGUCGAUGUGGAUUUCGACAGUAUAUGCCCAGGAAGCCUGCAAAAUAUGGCAUUAAAAUCUGGGUGACCUGUGAUGUGGCAACCUCCUAUCCCUGGAAGAUGGAAAUUUACACAGGAAAAUCACCUGGAAGUUCCCGGGAAGUUAAUCAGGGAAUGAGAGUUGUGCUACAACUGACAGAGGGGCUCCAAGGACACACUGUCACUUGUGACAACUUCUUUACUUCAUUCAGUUUGGCAGAGGAGCUGCUCAGAAGAAAACUAGCUCUGGUUGGCACAAUCAGGAGAAACAAACCAGAGCUCCCUCCCCAGCUUGUUCAGCUGCGACAGAGGAAGAUUCUUUCAUCUCUCUUUGCCUUCACCAAAACAACCAUGGCAGUCUCCUACAUGCCCAAGCAAGGGAAGAAUGUGCUUCUUUUGAGCCCAAAGCAUAGGGAACCAGCAGUCAGUGAUGGGGAAAAGAAGAAGCAAGCAGCAAUCCUUGACUACAAUAGGUGUAAAGGUGGAGUGGAUAACCUAGACAAGGUUGUUGGCGCCUACAGUUGUCGGAGGAAAACCAGUCGCUGGCCACUGGCUCUGUUCUACAAUCUUCUGGACGUCUCAGCAUACAAUGCCUUUGUCCUGUGGAAAGCAAGGCAUCCUGAGUGGGAGUCCACCAAGACCCACCAACGAAGGGUGUUCCUGGAGGAGCUGGGCCACAUGCCGGUGACUCCAGAAAUUGCAAGACGACCUUGUGCCCCACGCUCAAAAGCAGCCGCUGCUAUUGUUGCUGAGAUACAGCAGUCAGAAUCAGAAUCAGAGUAUGACCCACAGCCCAUCAACAAAAUGAGGAAAAGGUGCGAACUGUGUAUAAACAGAAGAACGGCAAACCACUUGCUCCAGCUGUGGAGUUACUGCAAAGAUCACUCUGCUGUGGUUUGCAUCUCCUGUCAUCCCUGA